AAACAAUCAUAAUUAAGAGAACAAAAUAUAAACUUGAUUACGCACUUUUUGUAUUCAAAAAUGACGUUAAUCGCUAUUAUCGCAGUUUAAUUAUUAUCUAGCACGUCUUUGAUAUAAAAGUACUGGAACGCGUUACUUUGAUAUUCAGAAAACUUUUAGCAACGGCAGUGGUAAAAGUUUGUGUUCUCUGAUCAGAAAAGUGAAAAAAAAGGACUUCAAUUCGAUUAAUGUAGCAUCAUCGAAUAUGAAAAGUUUUAUUAUAAUUUUGUUAUUUCAAUUUCUCAUCCUAAUUGUAGUUAGUCAACCAGUGAAUAAACUAACUGACGUUGAUACAGAUAUCACAAAUUAUGGAGUGCACAGAUAUCCCAGGACCUUAAUCCAUUUUCCACCUUGCAAGAUGAAUCAAUACUUCGACAAAGAAAAAGGUUUUUGUUUGAAUGUACUUGGUGGUGGUAAAGCGCUUUACAUAAAUAACACAUCUUGCGGAAUAAAUGUGUUAAAGCCACACUGUUUCGAUCCAAGAUAUUAUUACAUCUGUAAGAAGAAUAAAACCAUUCUGGCACAAUGUUCUCAAAACAAGCACUUUGAAAUUCAUCUACAAAAAUGCACUUUGAUAUAUCAUGGAAAAAACACUCCUAAUAAAACCAAUUCCAAUAGUUGUCAAAAAGUAGGUGUAUUUCCAAUUGCUAAUGAUUGUCAUCAAUUCUAUACUUGUACAGCUUAUGGUCAUCGAAUGAAACAAAAUUUUUACAUAUGUCCAAAAAAUAUGGCCUUUGACACGAAGACAGAAAUGUGUAAACCCUCAAGUACUUGUAAAGAAUCAAGAUUAUCUUCCACGUGUUUAUUUAGCAGUGAGAAAGAAGAUAUGACUCUAGAGGAAGCAAAUAUGUUCUUAAGACCAAUGGAUCAAAAAGAGAAAUCAUUAACGUGUGAAACGAUAUUUACGAAUGAUGAGGAAACUAUAACUACAGAGAGGAAUUACAACAAUGAUGAAAUUAAAUCGACAACUACUUCUUAUAAUAAGCCGCCUAUAUCUGAAUUUACAGAACCCAGCGAUAGGAAUAUUACAACCACGAUCGAACGUGCUUCGGGAACAUCACAUUCUACAAACACUGUCGCUUCCGAAAUAUAUACAACUGCGAUAUAUUCGCCAGCUAACGAAGAAAUCACGUAUACGACAGAGCAAAAUUUGCCUACAGAAAUAAAAAAGAAUGGAGAAGGGAAUCUAGAAUCAUCAACUUCUAAAGAAUCUUACAAACAAGAAUAUAACGGAAAAACAGUUAAUAAUAACGUACAAUCAACUGAUGCAAUGAAAACUUUUUUCACUGAACCAACAAUUUUAGAUGACACAACUUCUAGAGAAAUGGGAUCUGAAACACAAUCAGAUAUAGAAAUAAAAAUUCUUCCAAAUGAGUCGCCUAAUUUCGAAAAUCAAUAUAGUACAACAACGGCAGAAUUUAAUGACGCAACUCAUCAUUGGUACGAAUCAUAUACUACACCAGCAACGAAAGAAUUGGGAGAACCAUUAGACAGUGAAAAAAAAAUUAUCGAUUUACCAUUAGCAACACAUAAUAAUAAUAAUAAUUCUGAUGUAGAAGAACCAGAAAUAAAUUUAAAUAAUUCAUCUUCAGAAAUUCUUAAUACUACACAACCAAAUAUAGAAAUACCAAAUAGUACACCAGCCAUAGAAAAUUUGAAUGAACCAUUUACUACUGAGAAGGAAAUUAUCGAUUUAUUACCACCAGCAACUGAUAUAAUAAUUAAUAGCAAUCCUGAUGAAGAACAUCAUACGGAAAUAAAUUUAAAUGAUCCAUCUUCAGAAUUUCUUAAUACUACACAGCCAAAUAUAUAUAUACCAAAUAGUACACCAGCCACAGAAAACUUGAAUGAAUCAUUAGCUACUGAGAAGGAAAUUAUCGAUUUAUUACCACCAUCAACUGAUAUAAUAACUAAUAGCAAUCCUGAUGAAGAACAACAUACAGAAUCAAAAAUAAAUUUAAAUGAUCCAUCUUCAGAAAUUCUUAAUACUAGACAACCAAAUAGUACACCAGCCACAGAAAACUUGAAUGAACCACUAGCUACUGAGAAGGAAAUUAUCGAUUUAUUACCACCAUCAGCUGAUACAAUAACUAAUAGCAAUCCUGAUGAAGAACAACAUACGGAAAUAAAUUUAAAUGAUCCAUCUUCAGAAUUUCUUAAUACUACACAGCCAAAUAUAUAUAUACCAAAUAGUACACCAGCCACAGAAAAUUUGAAUGAACCAUUAGCUACUGAGAAGGAAAUUAUCGAUUUAUUACCACCAGCAACUGAUAUAAUAACUAAUAGCAAUCCUGAUGAAGAACAACAUACGGAAGUAAAUUUAAAUGAUCCAUCUUCAGAAAUUCUUAAUACUACACAACCAAAUAUAGAAAUACCAAAUAGUACACCAGCCACAGAAAACUUGAAUGAAUCAUUAGCUACUGAGAAGGAAAUUAUCGAUUUAUUACCACCAUCAACUGAUAUAAUAACUAAUAGCAAUCCUGAUGAAGAACAACAUACAGAAUCAGAAAUAAAUUUAAAUGAUCCAUCUUCAGAAAUUCUUAAUACUACACAACCAAAUAUAGAAAUACCAAAUAGUACACCAGCCACAGAAAAUUUGAAUGAAUCAUUAGCUACUGAGAAGGAAAUUAUCGAUUUAUUACCACCAGCAACUGAUAUAAUAACUAAUAGCAAUCCUGAUGAAGAACAACAUACGGAAAUAAAUUUAAAUGAUCCAUCUUCAGAAAUUCUUAAUACUACACAACCAAAUAUAGAAAUACCAAAUAGUACACCAGCCACAGAAAAUUUGAAUGAACCAUUUACUACUGAGAAGGAAAUUAUCGAUUUAUUACCACCAUCAACUGAUAUAAUAACUAAUAGCAAUCCUGAUGAAGAACAACAUACAGAAUCAAAAAUAAAUUUAAAUGAUCCAUCUUCAGAAAUUCUUAAUACUAGACAACCAAAUAUAGAAAUACCAAAUAGUACACCAGCCACAGAAAAUUUGAAUGAACCAUUUACUACUGAGAAGGAAAUUAUCGAUUUAUUACCACCAGCAACUGAUAUAAUAACUAAUAGCAAUCCUGAUGAAGAACAACAUACGGAAGUAAAUUUAAAUGAUCCAUCUUCAGAAAUUCUUAAUACUAGACAACCAAAUAUAGAAAUACCAAAUAGUACACCAGCCACAGAAAACUUGAAUGAAUCAUUAGCUACUGAGAAGGAAAUUAUCGAUUUGUUACCACCAUCAACUGAUAUAAUAACUAAUAGCAAUCCUGAUGAAGAACAACAUACAGAAUCAGAAAUAAAUUUAAAUGAUCCAUCUUCAGAAAUUCUUAAUACUACACAACCAAAUAUAGAAAUACCAAAUAGUACACCAGCCACAGAAAAUUUGAAUGAAUCAUUAGCUACUGAAAGGGAAAUUAUCGAUUUAUUACCACCAGCAACUGAUAUAAUAACUAAUAGCAAUCCUGAUGAAGAACAACAUACGGAAAUAAAUUUAAAUGAUCCAUCUUCAGAAUUUCUUAAUACUACACCAAAUACACAGCCAAAUAUAGAAAUACCAAAUAGUACACCAGCCACAGAAAAUUUGAAUGAACCAUUUACUACUGAGAAGGAAAUUAUCGAUUUAUUACCACCAUCAACUGAUAUAAUAACUAAUAGCAAUCCUGAUGAAAAACAACAUACAGAAUCAAAAAUAAAUUUAAAUGAUCCAUCUUCAGAAAUUCUUAAUACUACACAACCAAAUAUAGAAAUACCAAAUAGUACACCAACCACAGAAAAUUUGAAUGAACCAUUAGCUACUGAGAAGGAAAUUAUCGAUUUAUUACCACCAGCAACUGAUAUAAUAACUAAUAGCAAUCCUGAUGAAGAACAACAUACGGAAAUAAAUUUAAAUGAUCCAUCUUCAGAAAUUCUUAAUACUACACCAAAUACACAGCCAAAUAUAGAAAUACUAAAUAGUACACCAGCCACAGAAAACUUGAAUGAACCAUUUACUACUGAGAAGGAAAUUAUCGAUUUAUUACCACCAUCAACUGAUAUAAUAACUAAUAGCAAUCCUGAUGAAGAACAACAUACGGAAAUAAAUUUAAAUGAUCCAUCUUCAGAAAUUCUUAAUACUACACAACCAAAUAUAGAAAUACCAAAUAGUACACCAGCCACAGAAAAUUUGAAUGAAUCAUUAGCUACUGAGAAGGAAAUUAUCGAUUUAUUACCACCAGCAACUGAUAUAAUAACUAAUAGCAAUCCUGAUGAAGAACAACAUACGGAAGUAAAUUUAAAUGAUCCAUCUUCAGAAAUUCUUACUACACAGCCAAAUAUACAAAUACCAAAUAGUACACCAGCCACAGAAAAUUUGAAUGAAUCAUUAGCUACUGAGAAGGAAAUUAUCGAUUUAUUACCACCAUCAACUGAUAUAAUAACUAAUAGCAAUCCUGAUGAAGAACAACAUACAGAAUCAGAAAUAAAUUUAAAUGAUCCAUCUUCAGAAAUUCUUACUACACAGCCAAAUAUACAAAUACCAAAUAGUACACCAGCCACAGAAAACUUGAAUAAACCAUUAGCUACUGAAAAGGAAAUUAUCGAUUUAUUACCACCAGCAACUGAUAUAACAACUAAUAGUAAUCCUGAUGAAGAACAACAUACGAAAUCAGAAAUAAAUUUAAAUGAUCCAUCUUCAGAAAUUCUUAAUAUUACACAACCAAAUAUAGAAAUACCAAAUAGUACACCAGCCACAGAAAACUUGAAUGAAUCAUUAGCUACUGAAAGGGAAAUUAUCGAUUUAUUACCACCAGCAACUGAUAUAACAACUAAUAGUAAUCCUGAUGAAAAACAACAUACGGAAUCAGAAAUAAAUUUAAAUGAUCCAUCUCCAGAAAUUCUUAAUACUACACAGCCAAAUAUAGAAAUACCAAAUAGUACACCAGCCACAGAAAACUUGAAUAAACCAUUAGCUACUGAAAAGGAAAUUAUCGAUUUAUUACCACCAGCAACUAUAAUAAAUAAUAGCAAUCCUGAUGAAGAACAACAUACGGAAUCAGAAAUAAAUUUAAAUAAUCCAUCUUCAGAAAUUCUUAAUACUAGACAACCAAAUAUAGAAAUACCAAAUAGUACACCAGCCACAGAAAACUUGAAUGAAUCAUUAGCUACUGAGAAGGAAAUUAUCGAUCUAUUACCACCAGUAACUGAUAUAACAACUAAUAGUAAUCCUGAUGAAGAACAACAUACGGAAUCAGAAAUAAAUUUAAAUGAUCCAUCUUCAGAAAUUCUUAAUACUACACAGCCAAAUAUAGAAAUACCAAAUAGUACACCAGCCACAGAAAACUUGAAUGAAUCAUUAGCUACUGAAAGGGAAAUUAUCGAUUUAUUACCACCAGCAACUGAUAUAAUAAAUAAUAGCAAUCUUGAUGUAGAUGAAUAUAUGAAAUCAAAAAUGAUAUCAAAUAAUUCAUUUUCAGAAAUUCUCAAUACUGGAGAACAUAAUGUAGAAAUACCAAAUAAUACACCAGCGACAAUAAAAUUCAAUGAAUCUAUUGAAGAAGAAAAUUCUGAUUUUAUAUCAAUAAUGACAAAUAACGAUUCUGAUGUGAAGGAACAGGAAAAAACAGAUAUAAAUUUAAAUGAUCCAUUGUCAGAAAUACUUAUUACUGGUGUACCCAAUAUAGAAAUGGAACACAAUAUAGUAACAACAAUGGAAGUUAUUGAACAGUCAACUUUCAAAUCCGAAAGUCCUGAUAUUGUUUCAAAAAUUCCUUUCAAUACUUUAACUACUAUCAAAGAAAACGAUAUACAUACAAUCAUAAAUGUAAAUGAUUCGUCAAUGGAUUAUUCGUCAAUGGAAAUUACUACUCCUAGUUUAGAAAAUCAUGUUACAAAUGGAGGAGAAACAUUUAUGAAAAUAUCAAAUAAUGAUGAAACUGAAAAUAACGUAUUCGCUGAAAGUGUUACAAAUGCAAUAGAAUCAUCAUCGAUAUCAGAAAAUAUCAAUAACAAUUUUCAGAAUUAUGUCUCUCCAAUUUCUGCUGAUCCAGCAAGUUAUUCUGGUAUGAUAUCUGAAAACAAAAUUGAGGAACCUACUUCAAUACCAAUUACAAAUAGAAUUGCUUUAAAUAAAAAUCAAGAAAAUAAUACACCAUCGACAGAGUUUAAUGUAAUGAAAACAAAUUCUCCCACAGAAAGAAAUACAAAAUAUACAACAAUUUCUAUUAAUAAAAAUUUAGAUAAUAUUCGAAAUGACAAAUUGACUCUUUCUUCUGAUACAGAUAUAAGUGAAACUGAUAAAUCGAUUUCACAAGCGAAUAAAUUAACAACUAGUUUUCGAGAUUUGAUUGCUAAAUGUAGAAAUCAUAUGUCAGCAGAAACUACCACACAAUCAACUAAAUCAAAUCCCGCUAAUGAAAAAUAUUCAGAUCCAUUUCAUAUGCAAUCACAUUCUCUGGUUUCAGAUAAAAAAAACGCAGAUAAGCAAAAUAAAAUUUUUGUAGAAGAAGAUUCUUUAUCGAAACGCAUGUACUCUGGAAAGACGAUAUCAAAAAAUUUCAUAUUACCCAUUACGUCAGCAGUGUUAAAUUUCAUUGAUAAAUUUGAAUGCUAUUUGAAAAAUACGUUAAUAAAGAUAUUUCACUGAAAAAUAUAUAUAAAUUAUAAA